GCGGCCCGGUGCGGCCCGGCCCGGCCCGGCCCGCAGCAUGGCCAAGCACCACCGCACGCCCGCCCGCGCCGCCGAGCCUGUCAUCGAAGUCAAGAGCAAGUUUGAUGCCGAGUUCCGCCGCUUCGCCAUGAGCCGCUCGGGCGCAGGCAGCUUCCAGGACUUCUACCGCCUACUGCAGACGGUGCACCAGAUCCCGCGGGUGGAGCUGCUGCUGGGCUACACCGACGUGCACGGGGACCUCCUGCCCAUCAACAACGACGACAACUACCACAAAGCCCUCUCCUCCGCCAGCCCCCUCCUCAGGGUCAUCAUCCAGAAGAAAGCCGAGUCUGACGCCGGCGUCUUCGGCUCCAACUCCCUGCAGCGGCGGCGGAAGGGGCUGCUGCGGCCGGCGCACUGCCGCGCCAAGCCGGCGCUGCUGAUCGGGCUGCCGCAGGACUUCCGCCAGAUCUCCUCCAUCAUCGACGUGGACAUCCUGCCCGAGAGCCACCGCCGCGUGCGGCUGCACAAGCAGGGCUCCGACAGGCCCCUGGGCUUCUACAUCCGCGACGGCGUCAGCGUGCGCGUGGCGCCGCAGGGCGUCGAGAAGGUUCCGGGCAUCUUCAUCUCGCGCCUGGUGCGGGGCGGCCUGGCCGACAGCACCGGGCUGCUGGCCGUGGGCGACGAGAUCCUGGAGGUCAACGGCAUCGACGUGGCCGGCAAGUCCCUGGACCAGGUGACGGACAUGAUGGUGGCCAACAGCCACAACCUGAUCGUCACCGUCAAGCCUGCCAACCAGCGCAACAACGUCAUCCGCAGCAGCAAGGCCUCGGGCAGCUCGGGGGUGUCGUCGGACAGCACCCCCAGCCAGCAGACCCCCAGCCCGGCCUCGCAGUACCUCAGCGCCGACGGCGCCCCCGAGAGCGACGAGGAAGGCGACCUGGUGAUCGAGAGCGACGCCGUGCCCCUCGCCGUGCCCCUCGCCUGCCCCAAUGGCGCCGCCGCUGACGGACCCCUGCCGCCCAGCUCCUCCCCGCACAGCUCCCGGGGGUCCCUGCACUCUGGGGGCAGCCACGAGGGCAGCCCGGGCCGGGGCGGGCGGGAGGAUGGCACCAUCCUGACCCUAUAGCCACAGUGGCAAGAGGGAGGUUGGCAUCCUCCUGACCCUAUAGCCACGGUGGCAGGAGGGAGAUUGGCAUCAUCCUGACCCUAUAGCCACGGUGGCAGGAGGGAGGUUGGCAUCCUCCUGACCCUAUAGCCACGGUGGCAGGAGGGAGAUUGGCAUCAUCCUGACCCUAUAGCCACGGUGGCAGGAGGGAGGUUGGCAUCCUCCUGACCCUAUAGACACGGUGGUAGGUGUGAGGUUGGCACCCUGCUGACCCUAUAGCCAAGGGAGGUUGGCACCCUCCUCACCCUGCAGUGCAGCAGUGGGCAGGUGAUUGGCAUCCUCCUUACCCAUACUGCAACAGUGGCGGGUGGGAGGUUGGCAGGCUCCUGGCCCUAUGGUGCGGUGGCAGGCAGGAAGUUGGCACCCUCCUGACCCUAUAGCCGCGGCGGGGGCUGGCCGUGGGCACCGGGGCGAUGACGAGGAUGGCAGGCAGGGCUGGAGCGGGUGCUACCCACGUUCCUGGCAGCCCUGCCGUGGCCCCCUGCUGCCAGCAGGCACUGCCCCUCCGAGCCCCCUCGCCUCCCGCCCCUCCUUCUGCUUGCCCAGGUGGGUCUUCAGCUGGGUGCCAGCUGCUGCCCAGCAGCUCAGAGACUGCCACGGACAGUAAAACCUUUUCUAGAAAGCA